AUGGAUUCCUCAACUUCGAAGCUGGCUCCCCAAACAUCGUUAUUUCAAGUGUUUUUGAGAUUGCGCCCACCAAUGCAACAGAAUGCAACAAAACAGCACAACGAGCAGCAGCCGUGGUUGUUAGUCGAGAAGCCAAUACCGCAGUCACAAGACUCCGAGAACGAAUCCCAAAAAUCACACCCAACACAUAUCACAUUGCAACCGCCCAACGAUUCAAGGAAGCGGGCUAUAGAGAGGUUUGGCUUCACGAAAGUCUUCCACGAGGAAGCAAGUCAGCUAGACGUCUUCGAAGAGAUUGGAGCAGUCGAGAACAUACAGAAUGUCUUGAGAAACGGACGGGAUGGUCUGCUUGCGACCCUGGGUGUCACGGGAAGCGGCAAGAGCCACACCAUCCUCGGCACGCGUACACAACGCGGACUUACCCAAAUGUCCCUUGAUGUACUUUACAAAUCAAUCGGACUGAACAUUCGUCGCCCUUGCCACCCAGAACUGCCCACCGAUAUACAACUCAUACAGAGCCUUCAAGCUGGUGAUCCCUCUGAAGCACAUAUCAUUCCAGCGACAACUUUCCUGGAAAGCAUCUAUUCCGACGGCGAACGAGCCCGUUUUUCAAGAGCGCAGACGCCCAUGGCUGGUAUUGGAUCCCGAGCACAAACUCCGUUAAUGGUAGGCCCAACUCUUUCUCAUAUCCCAGGCUCUUUCCCAAGUUCCCCUGCCUCAAUUAAACCCGUUCGCACUAAUGGCCCGGUCAUUCCACGAAACUCUCAUAUGUCGAGAGCCUCCACAGUUUCUCAGGACCACAUUCCUCCCACACUGCUCGCCAGACGACGCCGAGUCCCUGAACAAGGCAUGAGCAUAUUGCCUGAUAUCGAAGAUAACCUCCACCACACACCGUCUCCUUCUCGGACUGUUUGGGAACGAUUGAACCCUAAGAGAACUCAUGCUAAAACGAGUGUGAUACAGGAAUCCAUGCCCAUGCAUCAUGCACGAAGACCACCGAUGCCGCGCCCGAGCACUUUUGCCCACGAACCAGACAUGGCUUCCUAUGCCACAUCGAUCGAUCCUCAUUGUGACUACGUCGUCCUCGUUUCCAUGUACGAAGUGUACAACGACCGCAUCUUUGAUUUGUUAUCAGGUACAGCUUCUAAUGGUCCCGCCAUCUCAACACGACAAGGUGCAGCUCUCCAAAAGAGUUUGUUACGAAGACCGCUGCUAUUCAAAAACACCGAGAUGUCGCCCGACCGCAAAGUCGUCGCUGGUCUGAAGAAGAUUGUAUGCAGCAGCUAUGACGAGGCCAUAAUGGUCCUUGAGACAGGCUUGACUGAGCGACGUGUUGCUGGAACGGGUAGCAAUAGUGUCAGCUCUCGAAGUCAUGGCUUCUUCUGCAUCGAAGUUAAGAAGAAGACCCGCGGCAACGACUAUGCUGGCCAUCACCUCAACCAGUGGUCAGGUGGCACUUUAUCAAUUGUGGAUCUAGCUGGUUCCGAAAGAGCAAGGAAUGCAAAAACGACCGGCUCGACAUUGGCCGAAGCUGGAAAGAUCAAUGAAAGUCUUAUGUACCUCGGGCAGUGCUUGCAGGUGCAGAGUGAUUGUCAACAGGAUGGCACGAAACCGAUCGUCCCUUUCCGACAAUGCAAACUCACCGAAUUGCUCUUUUCAAACUCCUUCCCAUCAGCCAACAAUUCGUCACAAUGUCGACCGCCUCAGAAGGCUGUCAUGAUUGUCACUGCCGAUGCUCAAGGUGAUUUCAAUGCCACGAGUCAGAUCCUUCGCUAUUCAGCUUUGGCACGAGAGGUUACUGUUCCUCGCAUUCCAAGCAUCACCAACGCAAUAGGUGUACUGAAGGCGAAUGGUCCCAGUGGUCGCAACACACCGUCGGAAAUGCCGCAAAGUUACUUUCCGACACAGGAACUGGAACAAGCGCAGCAGGAAAUUAGUCGACUAACUGAUGAAUGCCACGCACUUGUAGUGCGGCUAACAGAAGAAGAGAUCAAGCGUACUGAAGUUGAGCUCAAAUUCCAGGCUGCUGCAGAGAGAACUUUGCUGCUCGAGCAGGAAGUCCGAGAAGAGUGCUGGCAGGAAAUGGAAGCCAUGCUUGAGGAAGAGAAGGAACGAUGGCGUAGAGCUCGUGACGACGAGCGUAUCAACAGUCAAGAGUACAUGGACGAGAAGCUCGAAAUUCUCGAGAAAAAUGUCAGCUUCAAAAUCCACGAAGACGCUGGUACAAGCAGCCGUGUUCAAGAGCUUGAGCAUGAGAACGAAGUCCUGCAUGCGAGGUUAGCGGCUAUAGAACAAGAACUGCAAACAAGAAGUCCAACAAAGAAGAAAACAAGCGCAAAAACACCAGGCAAGAAGGUUCCAAAACCAGUGCUGGCGGAUUGUACGAGCAUCAAUACAGCACCUAAUCCGUUCCUAGCCAGUCUGAUGGAGAAGGAGAAAGAGACCAUCGUCCUGAAGCCGUCCUUGCUUCCUGCUGAAGAUUCUGAGAUCUUUGAUAUCAGUCCCAGGAAACUGACACUCCGGAAUUCGGCUAACCGAGGUUCCGCAAUGACUGAUGCAACAGUGGAAGAUCCUCUGCAACCACAGACACCGGCGACGACGAAGAAGAAGACUAGAAAAUUGACUACGAGGAAGUGGGAGAUUGAGGACGAUAUCUUCUAG